AUGUAUUUGAUUCCAAAUAAGUCUUGUACGAAACUUGUAUUUGUGUUUGACGAUGUAAGCUCUGAAAAAGUCCAAACUGUUUUAAAUUGUUUAUUUUUCACUUUCACACUGAUCCAUGCUUUUUAUAUUUUUACUUUUGUUUUCAUAUACUUUCAAUCUUAUUUUCAGUUGCUGACCCAGGGUAGGAACCAUGGAAUUGAAUACUCUUACUACGUUCCAAAUGGAGUAGGUCCAGAUGAACCAGAUUCCUAUUCCUGGACCUAUACCCCUUAUUCUGACUGCUCCAGAGAAUGCGGAGGGGGUUUCCAGACAAGGACAGUAACCUGUACACGUUCUGGUGACUUUGAAGCAGUACCGACCUACCUGUGUGACCCCGCCCUGAAACCAAGCAACAACAGGACGUGCAAUGCAGAGGCCUGCCCUCCAGUAUGGUACAUCGGAGACUGGAGUCCAUGUUCUCAAUCAUGUGACGAGGGUUCCCAGGUCAGGCAGGUCUACUGUAGUCAGCUGUUGGAGAACGGACGCAGGGAAGCAGUGGAGGAGGUGUACUGCCUAGCCAUUCUAGGAUACAAGCCUGAGUACCAGCAAGAAUGCAUUGUCCAGCAAUGUCCACAUUGGGUGGCUGGAGAGUGGUCAGAGUGUUCGGUAGAGUGUGGUGAUGGUACUCAAGCGAGGCGGAUCCACUGCAUGGCGGAUCUACCGGAGACAGACUCUUCCUGUGAUGCCUAUGAUAGACCAGAAGAGGAACAAGAAUGUAACCUAGGUCCUUGUGAUGGAGUGGAAUGGAUGACAUCAGAAUGGACACCGUGUGCAGGUCUGUGCGGUCUUGGUAUCAAAUCUCGUCAGCUCUUCUGCGCUACCAGGGCUGGUACUGUCUUUGAUAAAGAUCUUUGUGAGAUGUCUGCCAUGCCUGAUAUGACAUCAGCUUGUCCUCUUCAAGAAGAGUGUGGACCUAGAUGGAUGGCUUCUCACUGGAGUGAGUGUUCUGCUACGUGUGGUGGGGGCGUGCACUCUCGAAUGGUGUUCUGUGCCGAUGUAACCGAGGACUCCAUGGUGCAGGUUGAGGAUUCAGACUGCAACCCAAUGACCAAGUUUGAGACAGAGGAGAUGUGCAACACUGAACUGUGCUCUGAUGACUAUGUCUGGUUUUUAGGACCAUGGGGGCAGUGCUCCAGACCAUGCGGAGUAGGUUCCAGGACUCGAGUCCUAGUCUGUAUGAAAGGAGAGAUUCCCCAGAUCCCGUCCCUGUGUGAGGACUCCAUACGACCUGUCAGUGAAGAGCAAUGCAACACUACACCGUGCACUACAGAUGUGAUUGUCACAAUGGAAGAAUUGGAAACAGUAGGAACAUUGAUAACAACAAAAGAAACUGAAGAAAAUAUAUUCGCAACAUCUGAGAUGAUGAUCACAACUGAAGAUGCAACUGAAGAAGUGAUUAUAUCUACAGGAGAAACUGUGACCGUCUUCGAAGCUACAGAUGUCGCAACUGAAGAAAUCACUAAAGAUGUGACAAUUGAAGAAGAAGGAGAAGGUACUGCAUUUGCCACAGAUGUAGUGACUGUCAAAGGGGAUGAAACAAUGAGCUUUACAGAAGUUACAGAAGUUCCGGUGACAAUCGAGAUAGAGGUAUUCGACCCUGAAACCACCACACCUACAUCUAAGAUGCUUCACGGUGAAACGGAAGGACUCAUAACCAGUAUGGCUAACCCUGAGAUGGCCACAGUAAUCAGUUCUGAAGCAAUCCAAACAACACUGCCUGCUACAUCAGGUAUUCCUCUCACCACCUUGGCCAAAGUCCUCACCACAAAUAUACCCUACACCACGAGCACCAACAGCACCCAACUGCAGAAGAAGUCUGAUCAAUUAGAUCUUAGUUCUGAUGAUUCUUUAUCAGUUGAAGUUGUUUCAUCUAAAAGUGAAAUUUCUUCAAUCAAUGCGGUCGGUCCGUCAUCAUCUCGUGAUGAAAAUAUCUUGAAUGAUGACAUUCUUGAAGAAACAGAAACUUCUGUGAGUUGUGAAGAUAGUGAGUUUAGAUGUUGUCCUGACGGCGUAACAGCCGCUUCAGGGCCGUUCAUGGAAGGGUGUAGAGACUGUGAGCAGACACUGUUCAAGUGUUGCCCCAAUGGAAUCACCCCGGCCAAGGGAGAAGACUACGCUGGCUGUGAGGAGCUCAAGGAGCUAGUAGGUGGAGAAGGGGAGAGUAUCGGGUGUGACUUCACUGAGUUCAGCUGUUGCCCCGAUGGUGAAACUGCUGCUGCCGGACCAAACUAUGAAGGAUGUGACAUUGAUCCCAUCGAAGACCGUUGUUCUCUGAAGAGUGACCCUGGUACUUGCCGAGCUUGGAUAGUCAAAUACUACUUCGACUCCAACUAUGGUCAGUGUAUCCAAUUCUGGUAUGGAGGCUGCGGAGGUAACGUUAAUCUCUUUGAUACCUACGAAGAAUGCAAGGAAGAAUGUGUUGGUGAUGACGAGCGACUCACACAAGAAGACCUCUGUAUUCUGCCAGCUGAUCCUGGCCCAUGCAAGGGCACAUUCAGUAACUACUUCUAUAAUGACAGGACUGGCAGAUGUGAGACCUUCAAGUAUGGAGGCUGCCGUGGUAACAAGAACCGCUUCAGAACCGAGGCAGACUGUGAAAUUGCUUGCGGAACAUUCCACGAUGAUCCAUGCAGUCUUCAGGCAGAGUAUGGGGACUGCAGGGACUCUCACGUCAGGUGGUUCUUCAAUGCCGACACUCGAAUGUGUGAAGAUUUUGAGUAUUCUGGUUGCCGUGGUAACCAAAAUCGGUUCAUGGACAAGCAGUCGUGUGAGGAAGGAUGCAAUGCCAAUCUUAUAGACCAUGUUGUGCCGAUUACUAAGUAUGAGCAGUGUAGUGUAGCUGCAGAUCCAGGAAACUGCUUUGCCUACUUCCCCAUGUGGGCAUAUGAUGUAACAGAAGGUAAAUGCAAGGACUUUGUGUAUGGUGGUUGUCAAGGCAACAACAACAAAUUUGAGACUGAGCUGGCUUGCCAGGAAGCGUGUUAUGUUGAAGGCAAGACACUUUGCGAGCGUCUGCGUGCCCUCCAUGAGGCAUCGGGGGUGCUUGACCAACCCCAGUGUAAGUUUGAUGGUAGCUUUGAACCCCUCCAGUGCCCCCCUCGGAGCGGUGAUUGUUGGUGUGUGACAGACCUUGGGGAAGAGAUUGAUGGCAGCAGAAUCACCAGACAGCUUCACACACUCAGGCUUGACUGCUCAGUCUAUCCAGACAGCGCUGGCAACUCUCGGCCGACCAUCAGAACGACCACUGUAGACAUGGCUGAGCUGACCCUAUGCCAGCAGGAUCAGCGUACAGCUCAGGGUAGCUAUGUUCCUCAAUGCACCGAGAGUGGAGACUAUGAACCCAUGCAGUGUUAUGGAUCUAACAAUGAUUACUGUUGGUGUGUCAAUGAGAACGGCGAGGAACUGGACUUCACCAGGACGCUCCCGGAACAGGAUAGACCAAGCUGUCAAGGUAUCCUAGACUCUGUAUGCUUCACCACAUACAGGAUGAUCAAAGAAGGUACCCAAUCUUCAGAAUACAUGCCGCAGUGUACGCCUCAAGGUCUGUUUGCCAAGCUGCAGUGUCAGACAGAGAGAGGCUGUCUCUGUGUGAAUGAAUCCAGUGGGUCUGUCCUGUUUGCAGUGGAUGUUGACCCUGAGAUGGCCACACCUAGGUCCUGCGAUGGGAUAAGUACCAGAGUCCUGACGAUCUGUCAGAUCCAUCAACAGGAAAGCCUUGCUACGAGCGGCGAGGCUGAGAACCGUUACAUCCCUGAUUGCACCUCAGACGGUUCCUACGCACCUAUCCAGUGUUAUGAAGGCCAGGCAAGGUACUGCUGGUGUGUCAACGAAGCAGGAGAGGAGAUACCAGGAACCAGAAGGAGGGGUGAAGAACCAGACUGCACAGUUGAGACCGUAGAACCUACGGAAGCAGUGACCGAGAAGACCUCGGCAGCAGCGACACCAACCAUAGCAAACACAGCAUUAGAGGCGACGACCACCAUCAUCACCACCCAGGCAUCUAUCAUCGAUGUCAAUGAUGUAAUUAUCAUAGGAGAAGAAGGGACGUUAGAGGGAGAGGAGGAGGUUUCAGAAGAGAUACCGGAAGAGGAAGACUGUACUGAUAGUUCAAAUUGUCAAGGUACUUCCUCAGCAAGCAUAGGCCCAAGUCAAUCCCCAAUCUCUGCCACACCUGGAGACAUGGUGGUUCUGACUUGUGAGGCAACGGGAUCCCCACCCCCAACCAUCUCAUGGAGGAGAUUUGAUCAGGAUGUCAGUGAGUUUGACGACCGGAGGUUCCAGAUCGGCGAGGAUGGGGUCUUAACCAUCCUCCACGCCAAGGUCAGCGAUUCAGGACCGUUCGUCUGUGUGGCUGAUAAUGGUGUCGGAGAACCAGAUACAGCAAAUUUUGAGAUAACAGUUUCAGACCGUUCUCGACCUCCUAGGAGGCGUGGUGGACAUCGCCAAUCUCGCAUUAAGGUCCGGGAAGGCAAGACCGUCAGCAUGAACUGCAGAGCCAAGGGCAACCCUCUCCCAACCAUCACCUGGGAGUUCCAAGGGUUAGAACUCUCCGACAUUGAGAACAGGAUCACUAAAGGAGAUGGAGGACUACUCAGGAUCAGUGAUGUCAACCUAGCGGACAUGGGCACCUACAAGUGUACUGCUAGGAACAUGUAUGGCAUUAUACAGAUGAGAGUCUUUACUCUUAUUGUAGAAGCUGAAGUUGCAAUAGUGGAUCCUCCCAUCAGCCAACAAGUUACCGAGGGUGAUACCGUCAACCUUCUUUGCGGAACCACAGGAUCGCCUAAACCUAAUGUUAUGUGGAAUCGUAAUGAUGCUCCUUUACCCAAUACCAAUCGAUUCAUCAUAGGUUCAACUAAUGAUCUCACAAUAAGAGACAUAAAACAAACAGAUGCUGGUAAAUACUCAUGUACAGCAGCAAAUGGAAUCAGUACAAGAACAGCAAAUGCAGUGAUUUCUGUAUCAGGUGCUGAGGUUGAUCCAAAUUGUCAAGACCAGCCACAGUACGUAUCCUGUCAGCUCAUUGUUAUAGCAAAGCUUUGCUCGACGUAUCCAUACGGCAAGUUCUGUUGUAGAACAUGUCGAGACAAUGGCAUGCUACCACUCACCACUGCUACGCCUUGAAUGUAUAAGGAGGAGCUGAUUUUUACCAUUUUGCCAACCAAGACCACUCCAGAUAUCUUCAUAUUUUUUAAAGGAUUCUUAUAAUUUAGGUACCUCUUGUUUAAUCUCAGUUAUUAUCCUAAGAGAAAAGUUUAAAAAACUUCUCAUUUGAAAAGAAAGUUAAAUUUUGUUAUGUCCUUUAUUUUUUGACUUGGUCAAGACCCCCCAAAUUAUUCAUAAUCUGAGGAGAAUCAAAUCAUUUUAUGUGAAAUUUAAAUUCCAUCCAUAAUCUUUUACCAUUUUAUGUUCUUCGAAGUUGUGAGUCAGUAAAUAUUUUAAAUGAAGAGCACAAAUCAUUUUGGAUUUUAAUGUUCUUAACAGUUUAUUUCUUUUAAACUGUUUUUGUUUUUGUUUUUAAUCACAUUACACCAAGAAACAAUAUGAGGUACUUAUCAAUAUAUUGCAAUAUGAAAUUAUUUGUGGACGAUUGUUAAAAACCAGUAUGCCAUUCACCAUAUUUGUGCUUCCAAAUGUUUGGAAGUCAUGGAUCUGAUUUUCUAACUUAAUAUUUUUCUAUUCAUAAAGGUUGGUAAUAUCUGACAUUUACUAGAAGAUUGUUAAUAAUCUCAGUGCUAUAAGCUUACUGCACAACUUAUGACCAGGGUCCUGUUAAAAAAAAAACUUAUGAUAAAAUAUAGCAGUGUAAAUGCACUGAAAUCAUUCAAUGUGAUUGUGAACUAGUGAUAGAAAUUGUGCAUUUGUUAUUAUAACAAGUCUUUGUGAAGCAGGGUCCUGUCUUGCCUGUGAUUGGUAUGCGACUGAAGGGGGGGGGGGGGUAUAUAAACAGGCAUGAGACUUGAUACUACAUGUACAUUAAUGAUUCGACUAAUGUGUCUGAUAGUUUUACAAGUAUGAAAUCAUACCAAUCCUGGGCCCCGUCUACAAAGAGUUACGAUUGAUCCGAUCAAUCUUAACUCUAUGGAAAUCCAUCAGUGUCAUAAUUUUUUUCUACGAAAAAAAUGCACAAUGACCUUUGUAUGCAGAGAGAAGCACAGUGAAUUUUCAAGAAAACAAUGAAUGCAUGAAUGUACAUGUACAUCAUAGAAAAUAUUUGGAAAAAACAUGCAUUUUAUAUGUUGACUUUGCUGGCUUUCCAUAGUUGCGAUUGAUCGGAUCAAUCGUAACUCUUUGUAAGACGAUGCCCUGGAAGUUGGGUGGAUAGCCAAUAAUUGUUAUGAAACUCACAAGCUGAAAGGACAGUAUGUCACAUCACCUCCUCCAUUUAGUAGCAGUAAAAGGGGGAGCAUUUCAUGAAAGAAAUGGUGAUUUGUGGUUUCAAAUUUGCUCUGAGCCAAUCGUAUGCAAUGGUUUCGGUAGCUUGUAACUGUCAGUGAAAAUCCCCAACAAAACUUGUUAUGGAUACUCCCCAAAUAUCAACAAAGGGAUCUGAUAAUGACAAAAUAUGGAAGUAAAGGCGGUGUGAAUGCAAGAAUGCAAUUCUUAAGAUGAACCCCUCCAUUGUCUUUCAGUUCCUCAACUCUUUCAGGCCUAGAAAUCAUUUUUUUUUUUUACAUUUUGUAAGCACAAUGGAUUGUAUAUUUGAACAAAACAUUCGCAAAUGAUCCUGAAUAUGCAUUAGAAAACAACAUAGUCCACUUAUCUUGUCAUGAAAUAUUUCAGCAUAUGUGCUUCUAGAAUGAUUUAUGUUAUACAAUUUCGAUUUUAAGAUACAACAUAUUUAUAAGCUUAAUUUUAAUAUUAGUUUCACGACAGUCUUAGAAAGUUGAUGUACAUAUAUAUUUUUGUGUUAAUUGAUUGUUGUGAUUAGCCUUUGAGCCUCUUAAACAUUUUUUUGUUUACAUUUUUAAUUUCUAUUGGUAAUUGUUUUGAAAUUAUUAUGGCAUAGCCCAAUUCUUUUGUAUAUAACACCCGUGGUAUUAAUACUCCUUAUUUAUAAAUAUAUAUAUUUCAGUGGGUGCUUUUUGUAUGUUUCAACUUGUGUGUCUAUGAGGUUAAAUGUUGAUAUGUUAUACAUGAUAUUAUCAUUGUUUCUUAAAGUGAUCAUAAAGAUUCAUUCAUUCAGUUAUUGCAAAUAAGUUGCAAAAAAAACUUUUCAAGGUUUACUCUGCAUUUAUUUUGUAUUUUGGUAGUUUGUAGUUAUAUUUUGAGAGAAGAGUAUCUUGUACUUUCCACAAUGGUGCUAAAUGAUUUGCUGCAUUUGUAUAUGCCAAAGUGUACUGCAACAGCAAAUUAUAUACUACUAUUUUACACAUUACUUGGUUGUAUUUGUGUAGUCAUAAGCCUGACAAUCUGCAGAGCAUAUAACUUUUUAAUACUUUCAUAGAUUUGAUGACCAAAUGUAGAUUAAUCUUGAAUUAUGGUUAGACUUUGUAUUCAUUGAUUGCAAGAGCAUAUUUUGUGGCUUGAAUGUUUGUUUGGGGAGGUGGCUGUAUAGAAUUUCAAAAGAAUUAAACAAAUCAGUGUUAAA